UCAAAAUCAAGAUGGCUGGCAGAAAUAAAAUUAGACAAUGUAGAACUAGAAAAAUGAAGAACUCAUCUGAUAAUCAGAGCCAAGAUACACACUCUAGGGGUGUUCUAGAAGCAAGGGACCCAGUAUUACCCAAUAAGGAAGAAAAAUUUAACAAUCAUGAAUCUCUGGCCAUGCAAAACACUUCUCUUACUCAUCAAAGAACUACAAAUAUCUCUGAAGAAAGCGAAGAAUCAAAAGAAGAUCUUAUUCAGCAUCUAUAUGACCAAAGAGAGCCAUCCGAAAGCGGAUCAAAGAAAACGGACUCUUCUCAAACUGACGAAUUGUGGGAUUACUAUCCGAAGCAAGUACAAAAAAUUCUCAAGAAGAAGAGGAUCUCAAAAGAGAAGAGUAAGAGCUUUAAUAAGGCAAGGAAAUAACAUUCAUCUCAAGCUUCCAGGAAAGAGAAAUUACAAAAGCCUUUAUGCUAACCUUCAAGCAGUCAGUUUGACUGAAUUAAAACAAAGCUCAAGUAUGUUCAAGUGCAUAAGCGAGGAUUACUAUAAACUCAAAAUUGCUGAGAGGAACGUUCACAAGGCUCUCAGAGAGAAAGGAUUAUUCCUUGACCAAAAAGAUUUCAACAUUAUGGAACUCUUCAAUAAUGCAUACUCAGAGUACUCUUUUGAUGAGGAAGAAGAGAACAAAGAGCCAAAGCCAGUUAGAAAGUACAGCUCUAUCAGUGUUGACAAUCUCGACUGUUCUUUGCCAGUUAAAAGACCAGAUCAUCUUGCUAGCUCUGGAAAUCCAUAUAGCAAGCCCAUUGGAAUAACAAAUCCUUUUGGGAGGAGCAGUGUGGGCAAAGAUUUUCUUGAAGUGCCCUCUUUUAGCAAUUCUGCAACUCCUAACAGUUUUACUCUUGAGAAGAUGUCUCUGUACUCAAGAUUUACCAACAAAACGCAUCAAAGUUUUGCCUCUAAAAAUUCUCAAAGAUUACUGUUCCAAGAUGCUACUCUGGAGAGAAGACAAAAGGACCCAAAGAAAGCAAAAGGUGACUUCCUUUGUACAUGCAAUCAUGGCCACGGACAAGAGAACUAUUAUCCAGGCAUUGAGAUCUAUCCAUAUCGGCCAUAUGCUUUACUAGAUAUCGAGUCAGAUUCAGAUGAUGACUCUAUCCUCAGAGAGAACGAGCUAGUAAGAUCAGUGUCUGCUCCUCUUCAUGAAAUUCAUGAACCAGAAGAAAAAUUAAUGGAGCCUCUUCCUUUGGAGAGGCAGCCAUUCUCAAACAUGAUGAAUCUGUAUAGACCUUGUCAUAACUAUGCAGAUCCUCUAGAGAAAAUUGACCUGAAAAAGGCACUCAGAAUUGAGAAUAACUGAAAUCAGUAUAACAAUAAGUACAAAUUUAUCAACAGAAACUUUGAUGUUGAUACAUUUGGUAUCAAUGAUGAAACCCUGAAUAUUUAAAUUAACUCCUUCAUUAAAAUAAUGAAGGAAAUUAGUAUCUGUUAACGUCAACUCUACAUUUUCCAUAUUUAAUCACAAUUACAUAGUCA